UGUGUUUCCUGGCCUAUGUUGUUCCAUUGUAGAAGUGCCUCUGAAGGGAAGGAUUAUCUGUCCAACACACAGGCUCUCAGCACUUGUGCUUGUUUCCUGACUCCCCAGCCAGCUGCCCUAACCAUUCCUUACGCUUUCUCCAUUCUCUCAGUCUACUCCAAUUUGGUCUUUCCUCCUUGCACUUUUGGGUUUUUGUUUUUUCUUCCAUUUUUCGGCCAAGUGAUGUGUUGUUCAGUGGGCUUUGCCAGGUCUUUGGGCCUGGCUCUGUUACCUUUGGCUCUCUGUUGUAUUGUUGCCAAUCUGCUCCUCUUGUUUCCUAUGGGAGAAAUGACAUACAUACAGCUGGGGCGUCUGGCCAGCUACAUCUUGUACUUUGGUGGCCUGGGUGGUGGAGGACUGCUGAUACUUGUUCCUGCUAUAACCUUCAUCACUUUGGGGAAAUGCAGUUGCUGCUGGAAUGAGAGCUUUAUGAUGUGUGGGUCAGUGUUGGCUGCAGUGGUGGGGCUGAUAGGGGCAAGCUACUGUUUCGUCAUCUCAGGCCUAGCCUUGAUACAGGGUCCACAGUGCUUCACGUCUCUUGGGUGGGCUUAUCCAUUUGCAGAUCAAGGAGGACGGUAUUUGCUCCAAUCAGAGACGUGGUCUGUGUGCCUCCAGCCGCUGCAUAUUGUCGAGUGGAACGUGACCCUGUUGUGUGUCCUGUUGGGUCUGGCAGUGCUAGAGUUCAUCCUGUGCCUCUUACAGCUCGGCAGCGGUUUAGUCAACGCUGUCUGUCGACCUUGUUGCUAUAAGCAAGAGUACAGUUUGAAUGCUUAGGCACAAACACAUUUACAUACGCCUAAAUAUACAUUGCAAUAUCUACUGUACGGUAUACACCGAAGGCCAUGCAUGUCAACAGCUCAGAUCUAUUACAGUUUAAAGAAAGCACACAACAUCAAUACUAAGAUUACACAAAACCUAUUUGCAGUCCAUGAAAUCAAGGAAAUGUACAAUGAUGAAACACUUCACUGCUAUUGAGGUAUUGGGUUCAUUAAGUCUUCCGACACUCUUAUUUUGUUGUGAAUAAUAUAGCAAGGCACAGACAUUCACUGAGAAGAAUAAUCUGUCUCACACAGUACUUGUUUUUGUUAAUAUAGAACAAUCAUGUUUUUAUUAGCUCUUAACUUGAAGAAACUUAGCAGCUGGUGGGAGAAAAAAAAUGCAAUGAUCAAAUAGUCCUUAUUUGUUCACUAAUAAACUAAAGGUGUCUUGUACAUGUUUUCUUUUGUGUUGUUAAAAAUUGCGUUAAAAAGUAUUAGUCAGUCUGACCUAAAUGUGCCCGUUUUUGUGAAAAAAUUAAGAUAUAGGUAUUUGUUCUAUCGGGUAAUGUUGCAUUGGUUCAUGCCUACAAAAUGCAUUUGUACAUUUGUUCCUAUUUUGAAUUAUUUUGUUGUACAUUUUUCUUUGGUUCUUAAAUCCUAGUUUGGUGUGAACAAUUGUUUUAUAUAAAUAUAUAUAUUUUAGUGACAUAUUUUUAUAAUGUUUGUGCUGCCUUGAAUAAAACCAGAUCCAUUUUGAGUGUGUAUGUGUG